AUCGUGAACUGUAGGCUCCAGUGCCUUGUCUUCUAAUACACCUGUACCUCUCCGUGUGGCCUUUCAUGUCCCGACUCGUUGCUGUUAUUUAUGGUCGCUCAUGGCUAGCAUCUCGAUCUAAAAUUUGCAAUGGCGUGCAGAACCAUUCCUCUGCAACUCCCCUCGGUUGGUGCCAAGACUCCCUUCUCCGGCACCAGCGGCUCCAUGAACUGGAACCACAGAAACAGUCCAAGAGGCUCCAAGAUGAGGCCCUCGGUCUUCUCCACCAGGGAGGACCUCCGACCGCGGCUGGAUGAGUACCCGGAAGGGAUCAUCUCCGGCGAAUGGACCGAGAACUUCUCCUUGUUGAGCUACGACGACCUUCGUGUCUAUCUUCAAUCACAAGUCACCGUUCACAAGGUCGGGCCUUCUUCGCUUCUUGGGGAGGUCAUGUCGACGACGAUCGUGACCGCCAUGGCAGGUCAGAAGCUGGAGGAGAUCGAUCAUCACUUCGAAUUUGUGUCUGCGCUGCCGGUGGUCGACGGCGAGCUCAGAUGCACUGGGGUCAUUUCCAGGCACGACAGGGCUGAAGCCUCUCUGGGGGCAAAAACAAAGGUGGGCGAGGUGAUGUCGUCGCCGGCGAUCACGCUGCCACCUGAGAAAACAGUCACGGAUGCUGCAGCUUUGAUGCUCAAGAAGAAGAUUCAUAGGAUACCAAUAGUGAACGAGGCAGGGCAAGUCAUAGGAAUUGUCACUCGUACUGACAUAUUGGAAGCUUUAGAGGCCGCCAUGGAGGAAUAAAUGACGCAUCGCUGCUCCAUGUAUGUCUAACUAUGCUGAGGCAGUAUCGACUAGUAUGAGCAUGAAGCUACCAUGGUUAUGUAAAAUUAUACUUGUACAUUGGGCAGUAAAAUGAUAAAGUAAUUACCAAAUAAAGAUUGUGGUGUUCAGCUUA